AUGGAGGCCCAGCAGAGCCCCCCCACCACCAAAGACUACCCAGAUGCCAGAGUCCCCCAGCCGGAGGGUGGGGAGACAGCGGGCACUCCAAACUACCUCGUUGGGGCUGGGCGGGCUCCUCCUCCACCUGCCUGCACCCCAGGCUGCCAGAGCAGCCCCUACUUCUUGUCUCCAAACACUCCAGUUGAAGAUGUAAUCAAGUACCUUGACCCUCAGUACAUUGACAGGAUGGCUGUUCCAGAUGCCAUGAAGUUGCAGUUCAUCUUGGCAGAGGAACAGGCUAUUCCUGAACGUGCAGCCCUUCUGGAGCAGGUGAAGAACCUCCAGCCCAUUUUGGACAGUGCCAGUAUCCAAGCGGUUCCUGACCAUGCAGCCAAACUGCAGCGACUCUCACAGAUCCACAUACAGCAGCAGGAGAAGCGUCAUGAUCUCACUGACAGUGUCAAGACACUCCUGGAGAGCUACAACAAAAUGACCCUGCUUCUCUCCAAGCAGUUACUGCAGUGGAAUGAAAUACUGACACGGCUGGAAGCGGCCAAGCAAGCAAAACCUGUGGCUGAGUGACAGCAGAGCCGGGAACAUGGAGAGCCCGGGGCCCCAUGGCACAGCCUGCAUCCCACUGGCCCCAGCACCUUCCCGCUUGGCCUGAGCAUGCUGGAGUGGCACCACGGGCUCCCAGGGACACCUGGCUGUGCUCUGAGCUGUGUCAGCCCAGAAUUGAAGCCGCCCUGCUCCUUAAUCUGCCACUGUUGCAAAUCUUGCACUCCCCUGAAAUGUGUCUUGGUUUGUAACAUAUUUAAAAAUCCCUUGCCCCUCUUACUGUGGUCCGUAGUAAAGUCCUGGAACGCUGA